AUGUCGCAUGGUGAACAUCGACCGCACACUCGGAUCGAAGUCGCGGCGUGGGCACCAGUUGCUCACCCCGUCCCGCCCCUCCCACUCCCGCCCUACGGCACGCCACGCCACGCGUUUAUUGACUCCGUGUGCCCACCCGCGCCCAUGCAUCGACGCCCGCCCCGCGUGUCCGCGUACCCAGCUCAUCCCGGGUACAACGCGCGCGACUUGGUAAAAAUUGAAAAAAUCCAAAUUCAAAAUGAGGGAAAUUGUGCAUAUUCAAGCCGGCCAAUGCGGCAAUCAAAUAGGGGCCAAGGUAAGAAAAUAAUUAAAUAA